AUGGACAUCCCCACCCAACUCCAAACCUCCCUCUCCACCACCACCCACCCCCUCCCCUCCCUCCCCUGGCUGCGCGCCCUCUGCACCCCGCGCACGCCCACCAGCCCGCUGCCCCCCUUAGCCUCCCUCCUCGCCACCGCGCGAACCCGCCUCCUCUCCAGCGACCUGACCGCCCCGGGCUUGCUAGACGCGCGCUGGGCCGCCACCCACGCGCUGCCGCCGCAGUUGGCCGCUAGCCAGGCGGGCACGCGCGAGAGUAGGUUGGCGGUGGAUGUGGUGGUGCAGGUGCUGGAUGUGGAGGAUGUGAGUCGUUCGAGGUGGGAACAGGCGGAGGGGUUGGAGGCGCUGGCGAGGGGGGAGGGUUUGAGGGGUAGGGAGGUGGUGAGGUUGCCGGUUGGUGAUGGUGGUGGUGGUGGUGGUGGUGCUGAGGGUGAAGAUGGGGAGGGGGAUGGGGAGGGUGUGGGUGUGGGUGGUGGGCAGGAGGGGGGACCUCAGUAG